UUCAUAUAUAUGUAUGUGCUAAUAAUACUACGUAGCAGGUACUACUACUAAGUGCUAAUUAUUGAAAAAUUGACUUCCACAUGCACAGUAAACUAUGACGGGAUCAAAAUUUUCACUACGUGAAAUCAAAGUAUAAAAAAACUCAAGUGAAAUCAACAUUUAAUAUAUACAUAAAAGUUUUGCCUAUUUAUAUAUACAAUGUAAUUUUGAAGUAAAAUGGGUGUCAACAAACACCACUUGGACAUGGGUUGCUCCAUCAACUGGCAGAACUAAGUAGUGUCGAGAAUUAACCUACUCCCUUCGUCAAAAAUUUACACUAUGCAAAUAGAGUAAAAAUGAGUUUUUUUUUGAAAAAAAUUAUGUGUGAGUUGUUGAAUCUUCUUAACCUUUAAUAAUAUUCAAGUAUAUAUGUUCAAAUUAUAACUGUGUCAUUUCAAAAUCUUUUUGAAUCCCCUUAUAUAAGUUUCUGAUUCCGUGAUAACUACACCAUUACGCACACACACAUGUAUAACAUUUUUUCUAAAUAACUAUCUAUAUUUUUCUUUCAUUUGGUAUUUGAUCCUUUAAACAAUCCUAAUAUAGGUGUUUGCUUAAACAUCAAAUGAUUGAGGUUGGUCACAAUAAAAUUCUCACUUAAUUAGAAGCUCUAUUGAAAGAGACAUAAUAUAACUAAUCUAAUUUCUAGUCCUAUAAAUUGGUUUUCAUCCUCUCGAGUUGAUGUGUGAUAGAAAGAAAAAAAAAAUACUAAGAUCUCUUUCACUAGAAAUAAAUAAUGUCUACUUUUGGGUUGGGUCUCUUUGUUAUUUGUAUUGUUGGUAUAUUUUUAGAUGCUAGUCAUGCACAGUUACAAUUAAAUUUCUAUGCCAAGAGUUGUCCAAAAGCAGAGAAAAUUAUUGAGGACUAUGUCCACAAGCACAUCCCAAAUGCUCCAUCUCUUGCAGCAGCCUUAUUGCGACUUCAUUUCCAUGAUUGCUUUGUUUGUUUUUUAUUAAUUUUGCAGGGUUGUGAUGGUUCUAUACUUCUGAAUUUCACUUCGAGCACGAAGAAUCAGACUGAAAAAGUGUCGAUUUCUAAUCAAUCAUUGAGAGGUUUCUCAUUCAUAGAUGGAGUGAAGAAAAUAGUUGAAGCUGAAUGCCCUGGAGUUGUUUCUUGUGCUGAUAUUGUUGCCUUGAUUACUAGAGACUCUGUUGUGGUCACCGGAGGACCUUUCUGGAAUGUACCAACUGGUAGAAGAGAUGGAAAAAUAUCUAAUGCUUCUGAAGCAUUGGCAAAUAUUCCACCUCCAACAAGUAACUUGUCAAGUCUCCAAACAUCUUUUGCCAACAAGGGUCUUAACCUAAAAGACUUGGUCCUCUUAUCUGGUGCUCACACCAUUGGAAUCGCUCAUUGUUCGUCAUUUUCAACACGUUUGUACAAUUUCACCGGUGCUUUAGGCACACAAGACCCAUCUCUAGACAGUGAAUAUGCAUCCAAUCUUAAGGGGAAGAAAUGCAAAUCAAUCAACGACAAUACAAUGAUAGUUGAGAUGGAUCCUGGUAGUUUCAGGACAUUUGAUCUAAGCUACUACAAGCUUUUGCUCAAAAGGAGAGGCCUAUUUCAAUCUGAUGCAGCUUUAACAACAAGUUCUACAACAAAAUCAUACAUCAACCAGCUAGUUAAGGGUUCACUCGAAGAGUUCAAUGCGGAAUUUGCAAAGGCGAUGGAGAAAAUGGGAAGGAUAGAAGUUAAGACUGGCUCUGCUGGUGAAAUUAGAAAGCAAUGUGCUUUUGUGAACAAAUAGAGAACCAAUGUUAGCACUUAAAAUUUCAAUUAUUUGGCUUUAUUUUUUAUUUUAUUUUUGUGUGUGGGGGGGGAUUAUUUGUAUUAAUGUUACCUUUGUAUAGCAUGUUUGUUAUCUGCUUUUGUAACUUGAUUGGUAGCUUCAAAAUAAAAUUCUAAUGACAAGAGCCUUUUCGUCUCCAUUACUCUUAAAUCUCUUCUAUUUUUAGAAUUUUUGUUGUACUUAAUUACUCCUUACCAAUUUGUGUGAAGGAAAUUCUAGUUCAAGCAAAGGGUCAAGAACACAUACACUCCCUCCGUUUAAAAAAGAAUGGUCUAGUUUGGCUUGUAACAUAGUUUAAUCUCAUUAUUCUAAAUUAAAGUUAUGUCAAAUAUACUAAAAUGCCCUUUAAUCUUAUGGUCUUAAACCUACCACGUGGAAUGUUAAAGUGUUACCAAAAAAGGAAAGUGAUCAUUCUUUUUAAACAGACUAAAAAAGAAACUAGGUCAUUUCUUUUAAACAUAAAAAAUAAAUUCGAGAUGCUCUUUAGAUCUGCACAUUGCAAGGCCUAUUUCUAGAAGCAAUGAUCACAACAGGAUUUUUCCUAUACUCAAGGGUCGAAUCUGAAACCUCUAAUUAAGAAAAAAAAGGAUCUCAAUCAUCCCACCACAACUCAUAAAAACAGAUGAAAUAUAUGAAGAAAGCUUUAAUACUUGGAGAGGAAAACAUGGAAGACUUCUUCUACGUAUGUGUACACUAAUCACAAUAAUCUAAUGACUCUGACGUGUUGGUACUUGGUAAGUUGGUAUGCCCAUUGACAGAUUCACUUCACCAAAUAAACAAGAACUAUAGUUGAAAAUGAAAGCAAAUACUAGAAAAAACAAUUAAAGUAUUAUAAUUUGAAAUAAUCAUUAUAUAUCGUUAGGAAUUUCAUUGCUUUCUUGAUCGGACAAAUACUAAAACAAGAAGCAAGUUAAACUCAACUUGACAAGCAAUGCAACACGCAUAAUCAGAGUUGAGAUUAUAGUACCAUAUAGUCAGGGGCGGAUCUAAGGGCCGAGGUUCUAUUUUCAAGUUCUACGUACACACUAUAUUUUUAUUUUUCGAACCCCUUUAAAUAAAAAUCCUAAGUUCGUAACUGCAUAUAGUAGAACAUAUAGAUCAUUAUAUCCGUACUGUACCUUCGAUCAUCUAAUUUACCAACAUGACGAAGUAUAUAUUAUUUAUACAAUUUAACUAUAUCUUUUUUGUGUAUAGGUGUAUAUAUUAUAUGUAUAGUGAAUAUAUAUUUAAUAUAAAGUAAGGAAUAGUAGAAGCAACGACUAAUAACCACUUAUCGACCAUAUUUUCUUUAAAUAAAUGUAUUAUAUUGUAAUUUCAAGUUCCAUAUAUUAACCAUAUUUCAAUGAAAAAUUGAAAACUGGAAAUUUGUUAAGAUUCAUAUUGAAUCUAAUUGACGACCCAAUCUCCAAACGAAGCCCAUAUUGCAAUUAGGCCCAUUAUUGAUUGUCCCUCCAAAACCCUAGCAAAAUUCGACCCAGCCCAAACAGUACACAAAACCCUAGCUG